AUGAGGCGAAGGGCUUGCCCGGCGGGGUGGCGGCUCGCGGCCCCCUGCCUUCGCGGUGGGGCGCGGCAGGCGCUUCGUGGGCCGUCGGGCCGCGUGUCACCCCGCGAAGCCGAACCCCCCGGGCGCUGCGGCGACCUGCGACCUACGUCGCCCUGCAGGGCACGUCCCGGAGUCCCAGAGCUCCCGACUUCGGAUGUUGGCUAUUGGACCGCAGAAGGCCUGAAGGCGUCGCGGCGGCGGCCGAGCGCGCACGCCCGGGCUGGGCUUCCCCCGCCGGAGCGAGAUCGGGGUCGCCCGCCUCCGCCGGAGCGAGAUCGGGGUCGCCCGCCUCCGCCGGAGCGAGACAAGAGCCGGCCGGAGCCCUCGGCAGACAGCGGCAGCUCUUGGUUCUGCGGGCUGAGCAGGAGUCACGGUCGGUUCUUCUGGGAAAGCAGUUUUGAAAAAGAUGGAUUCAUUGUCGCCCACAUUGUCUUCGCUGAGGUUACACCUCCUUCUUCCAUGACAAAGAGCACAAAUCUGGGACUGGGGCAGCCCUCUGUGACCACGAAGACGGAAGCCACGCGCCGGAGAAAAAUCAAGCUGUACCACCAAGACAGCGCGGUGAAGGGCGCCUUCUCCUUCUGCAGCAAGGCCGGCCGCCUGGAGAGGCUCCUCCCGCGUCCUGGCUGCCCCGAGCCGCCAGGCCCCAGCACACACGCCCAGCUGCCGCCCGCCCGCGCACCUCCGCCCGCCGCCGCGCCGCCACCCCAAAGGUCUGCUAAGAAACAAAUGUCAAGGUGGGAUUCGCUAGAAGCGCCAAGUGCCCGGGAGAGCCCGCCCGAGCGGAGCGGGCAGCCGGGCUGGAGGCGCCUCGGACCGGAGCGCGGCCGCGAGAGAGCGCGGCCUGAAGCGGCGAAGCCGGCCUCGGUGCCGGGAGAAGCCACCUUCCAGGACUCUGGGAGCGCCGGCUGCCGCAGGAGCGGACUGCCCGGCCACCGGGGCGCGCUUGGCCUGCAGCAGAGCGCUUGGUGCAACUUGCCUCCGAGUGGAUUGCACGCGGCUUCACAGCGGGGCGCCGGGUUGGGGCCGGGCCUCCUCCUGCCCCGGGAGGCGCCGAAGCCUUUCUGGCCAGGAGCGGCGUGCUCAAAGUCGCCUCGGGUCGCCUCUAGCACCUCCUGUGGCUCCUGCGCCUUGCAGCGGCCUCGCCGGGCCAUCCCGCGCCCGGGCCUGCCUGCUCCGCGCGGGCUGGGCUUGGGGUCCGUGCUGUCGCGCUCCGGCUGUCACUCGGCCGGAAGUGGGCAAAGGACCCCAGAGCGAGCGCACUCUGCGCGGGCUUCCGGCCGCGUCGCCGGGACUCGAACCCGCGGCCUCUUCGGCGAGCCAGCUCGAGUCAACAGCUCCUCGGAUGGACGGACGGACGGACGGACGGACAGAUGGACGAGGAAAUGCCUCCAGGGUCAGGUUCAGACUUGCACUUUCUGGUCCUUGGAGCCGGGAUCUUGGUCUUCCGGAUUCUUACUGGCCCGGCGUUUGCUAAAUCAGUCUCAUCGCUGUUAUUCUGGUUUCGUACACAUUUAUUCGUGCUCACGGGACAUACGGGCCAUGACAAAUCUGCCACAGUAUGCUUGA